AUGCGAGUCUUCACCGUUUUCCCCGCUUUUCUCUUUCUGAGUUUCGUCUCUCGGAUCGGAAGUCAACAGGCCUUCGCAGUGAGUUCAACGCCUUCCUUUUCUCGGUCCAAACGUCUUCUUUUCAGUCGGUUUCCUUUCCGGCCAUUCAGAGAAUCAUUCCUCACGCGACAGAUGCAAAUGCCUUUGCGGUACCUUUCAAAUUCGAUCGUUUCGAGCUCAUUCCUUUUUCAGUUGGCUCAGGGACUCAAUAAGAACAUUGGAAAGUUCGACGCGAUGCGCACUCUGGUCAACAAGUUUUUCACGCAGAAUAAGGCCGGAAAAGCGAAUCCGAAGACGCUUUCUCUCUACGAUAAUUCCACGUACAGCAAACAGAAACUGAUCGCUCUCGUUAAUAAUGUAAGCGAUGGGAAUUUCGGGCAACUGGAUAAUAGGGUAAAAUAUGAAAUAGAAGGGCACUUCAAUACUGUUCAUUCAAACCAGUGUAUCUCGGCAGCCGGUGGAGCUAUCAAAAAGUUGUCAACUGAUAAAUAUCUCAGGAAAACAUUGUGUGCAUUUUAUCAGUUGACCGCAUUUUGAUAUCUCUACAAACAACUGAGAUACAUGCAAUUGUUUAAAGAGACAAGCGAUCACGCAGUGGUGGGUCACACUGACCGCCGGACUCACAAAGAUCUAUAAUGCUGCCACGGCCACCUCGGUACGGUUUCUCAGGCCGUUUUACCUCUUAUGAUAGCAUUUCAGUACAAAAACCUGUACGCGUACUUUGACAAUCGGUACAUGAACGCCUACGAUUACACGCUUGUCUACUGGAUGCUCACGGUGCUCAUGAAGGUCCCCUUGAAUCGCAUUCGAAUUCUGUUCCAGUUCUUCUCUUUUUCAGGAUAUGUACAAUGAAGUGACGUACAAUAAGACGUCCGAUCUGAUCAGCGAUUCGAUGGAGGCGCAGCUCAACAAGACGCCGGCGCUCGUCUUCGAAAUCUACACGACCGCCUUCGAGGCCAACCACAAUCAGACGUACAUGAAGGGAAAAUGGUGA